CCGUCCGGGCGGGCCGAAGAAGCUCGCGCUCUCCCAGAAUCCUCCGCGGCCCCGGAAGCCUUCCGGCCUGCGCGGUGUGGGAGUCGCAGCGGCGCCGUCCGAGGCCUUCGCUUUUCUGCCCGGGCCGGUUCUGUGGCGGGCGGCCAUGCCGACCGGGGACUACGACUCCAAGCCCAGCUGGGCAGACCAAGUGGAAGAAGAAGGAGGAGAUGAUGCCGAAGCAGCUUUGUUUCCCCACGCAGAGAAAUGCGUCACCAGCGAACUGCUGAAGGACAUCCCCCUGACUGAGGUGGUGAGCGUCGAGCGCGUCGCUGAGCCGGAGCUGGUGAAAGGAGAACCCCUCCCGUCACCCAAGGAACUUAUCAAUGGCAACAUCAAAACGGUGACCGAGUACAAGGAAGAGGAGGACGGCAGCAAGGUGAAAAUCAUUCGCACUUUUCGGAUCGAGACCCGGAAGGCGUCCAAGGCUGUGGCGAGGCGAAAGAACUGGAAGAAGUUUGGCAACUCAGAAUUCGAUGCUCCUGGCCCAAAUGUGGCUACAACCACUGUCAGCGAUGAUGUCUUCAUGACUUUCAUUACCAGCAAGGAGGACCUGAACUGCCAAGAGGAGGAAGAUCCCAUGAACAAGCUGAAAGGGGGCAAGAUCGUCUCCUGCCGUAUCUGCAAGGGCGACCACUGGACCACUCGCUGCCCUUACAAGGACACGCUGGGGCCCAUGCAGAAGGAGCUGGCUGAACAGCUGGGCCUCUCAACAGGCGAGAAGGAAAAACUGCCAGGAGAACCAGAGCCUGUGCAAGCCCAGCAGAGCAAGACUGGGAAAUAUGUGCCUCCUAGCCUGAGAGACGGAGCCAGCCGCAGAGGGGAGUCAAUGCAGCCCAACCGGAGAGCCGAUGAUAAUGCCACCAUCCGGGUUACCAACCUGUCUGAGGACACCAGAGAGACUGACCUGCAGGAGCUCUUCCGCCCUUUUGGGUCCAUCUCCCGGAUCUAUUUGGCCAAGGACAAGACCACCGGCCAGUCCAAGGGCUUUGCCUUCAUCAGCUUCCACCGCCGCGAGGAUGCUGCCAGGGCUAUUGCAGGGGUGUCCGGUUUCGGCUACGAUCACUUGAUCCUCAAUGUGGAAUGGGCCAAGCCUUCCACCAACUGAGACUUGCUGCCUGGCACCAUUCCCUGGAAACGGCCUUCUUCAGUUUUAACCACAGUUGUCAGUCACCAAUAAAAGGUUCGGUUCACUCUG